GGUUGUGCGUGAUUUUCGCGCAAGAAGAUAAUCCAAAUAUUUAACCAUUGAAUAUUCGUCAUCGACCCUUAGGAAUAUUAAAUAAUAAUACCACCGUUUUGACCAGACUGAGAACAAACAAACUUCAUCAUGGGAAAGGAGAAGAUUCAUAUUAACAUCGUCGUCAUUGGACACGUCGAUUCGGGUAAAUCGACGACGACUGGACAUUUGAUCUACAAAUGCGGUGGUAUCGACAAACGUACCAUUGAGAAGUUCGAGAAAGAAGCCCAGGAGAUGGGAAAGGGUUCGUUCAAGUACGCCUGGGUACUUGACAAGCUCAAGGCCGAGCGUGAGCGAGGUAUCACCAUCGAUAUUGCCCUGUGGAAAUUCGAGACCGCCAAGUAUUACGUUACCAUCAUCGACGCCCCUGGACACAGAGAUUUCAUCAAGAACAUGAUCACUGGUACAUCCCAGGCAGAUUGUGCUGUCCUUAUUGUGGCUGCUGGUACUGGUGAAUUCGAGGCUGGUAUCUCCAAGAAUGGACAGACCCGUGAGCACGCCCUUCUGGCUUUCACACUUGGUGUCAAGCAGCUCAUCGUUGGUGUCAACAAGAUGGAUUCGACUGAGCCACCAUACUCGGAGGCACGUUUCGAGGAAAUCAAGAAGGAAGUAUCCUCCUACAUCAAGAAAAUUGGUUACAAUCCAGCUGCUGUGGCAUUCGUGCCAAUCUCUGGAUGGCAUGGGGACAACAUGCUUGAACCAUCGAGCAAGAUGCCAUGGUUCAAGGGAUGGAAUGUCGAGCGUAAAGAGGGCAAGGCCGAAGGUAAAUGCCUCAUCGAGGCACUCGAUGCCAUCCUACCACCCAGCAGACCUACGGACAAAGCCCUUCGUCUUCCCCUUCAGGAUGUGUACAAGAUUGGUGGUAUUGGAACGGUCCCAGUGGGUCGUGUUGAGACUGGUGUCUUGAAACCAGGAAUGGUGGUGACAUUUGCCCCAGCUGGACUCACCACUGAGGUAAAAUCCGUGGAGAUGCACCACGAGGCACUCCUGGAGGCUGUACCCGGUGACAACGUUGGUUUCAACGUCAAGAACGUCGCCGUCAAGGAAUUGCGUCGUGGUUACGUAGCUGGAGACUCCAAGAACAAUCCACCCAAGGGGGCUGCUGAUUUCACUGCUCAGGUUAUCGUUCUGAAUCACCCAGGACAGAUCAGCAACGGUUACACACCUGUUCUUGACUGUCACACAGCCCACAUUGCCUGCAAAUUCGCCGAGAUAAAGGAGAAGUGUGAUCGUCGUACCGGUAAAACAACUGAGGAGAAUCCCAAAGCCAUAAAAUCUGGUGAUGCUGCCAUCGUAACUCUGGUGCCAAGCAAACCAAUGUGUGUCGAGGCAUUCCAGGAGUUCCCACCUCUGGGACGUUUCGCUGUCCGUGACAUGCGUCAGACCGUAGCAGUCGGUGUUAUCAAGGCCGUUACAUUCAAGGAUGCCUCGGGAAAAGUCACCAAGGCAGCUGAGAAAGCCCAGAAGAAGAAAUAACCAGUUUCCGCGACUUGUAAUCAAGCCGCCAGGCUGCAGCCGGCGUAUAGUAGCACAAGUAAUUUGUCCAAUUUCAUUGGAUAUCUCGUGCUCAUCUCGUAAAAGUACAUACACAUGUUUUUUUAAUCUCGAUGGUACUGAUAAUAAAUUUGUGACAACAGUCGAUUUUAGGUACAUGGAGUGUAAAAUCAGUGAAGAUUAUCGUACGUUCAUUGUCCCUAAGAGAUAUAGGGAUGUCAAUAAUGAUUCGUCUUUUUUCUUCAUUGAUUAUUUUAUUCAUUUUUUGUCAAAACGUCCACUCCGACACUCUUUUCAUCGAAAAGAAUUUCGAAGGAAAGAAAUUUGCUUCAAUGAAUUUAUCUCUCGAUAAAAACAUUAUUUUCCAAUUAACUGCAACGAGUUGUACUGUGAACAUUGAUAACAAAUUACGUGAGCUAUUAUAUUAAAUUUGUUUUACGAGUACAUUAAUAACAUCAUAAUUUAGCUCGGCUUAAUUAUAUUUUCUAAUUAUUAUACGGAAAUAAUAAAUCCUAUAUCUGCGAUACUCGACAACACAUUAUUAUUUGUUCAUUAUUUUUUUUUAUUCAUCCUUCAAUUUUUAUUAUCCAUUAUCAUUGUUGUUUUCUUUUGGUCGAAUUUUCUCAGGCUAAGUCUGCUGAUUUCAAUUUAUCUAUUGUAUUCCAUUCGAUUCGAUUGAUCAUUUUGUAUUUUCGUAAUUCCUAUCGACACUGAAUCUUCCAAAUUAUUUGAAAAUUUAAUGUCGAGUUGAAUGACUAAGUGGUGUGAAUUUUAUAACGCUGAACUGGUUAUAACAAAUAAAGAACAAAUACAACAAUUUCAA